AUUACAUCUGCAAUGGAAAACUUAACCCUAGCCACCAAUCAUUCAGACUGUUACUUUGUUGACAGUGCAUACAGGAGAAGGCCAUUUUUAUUUUUCUACCUGGCUAUCAUCAUCACUGCCAUCCCAUCCAACACCUUCUCCCUCUACGUGUCAUGGCAGCACAUUAGACAGAGGAAUGAACUUGGUGUGUACCUGUUCAACCUGGCCCUGAGUGACCUGACCUUCACUGUUGGUCUGUCUCUGUGGCUGGACUUCCUGUGGCGAGGAGUUUGGUCCCAUGGCGGUUAUGUUUGCAUGCUUUCUGUUUACUUCCUCUUCACUAACUUUUACACCAGUGAUGCUCUCCUCUGCUGCAUUGCUGUUGACCGCUACCUGGCAGUGGUUCACCCCUUUAAGUACACAUCCUUGAGGAAAGUUGGCACGGCAGCAGCAGUGAGUGUUACUAUUUGGGUAUUGGUGAUCUGUUUCAAUGUAGCCACCGUCACAUGGGAGGACUCAUACCAGGAACACAAGUCUGUGUGCUUUGACAUGUUCCUCCCAAUGUCAGAGAAUAUGGCUCGUUCUAACAUAAUGCGCUUCUUCCUGGGGUUUAUUGUUCCUGCUCUCCUAUUGGUAUUUUCUACAUGGAGGAUUUGUGUGGCAGUGAAAUCCAACCAGGCCACAGAGGAACAGGAACGUAAACGGAUUUUGAAGCUGCUGACAGUAGUUCUGCUCUGUCUUUUGUUCUGCUUUGGACCUAUCCAUGUCAUGAUGCUUGUCCGCACACUGGUGGAUAAUUGUAGGAAUGUUGCAUGGCUCCUCUAUCCUUACAAGAUCAGCAUUGCUAUCUCAAGCCUCAACUGCCUUGCAGACCCACUUCUUUACUGCUUUAUUACUAGAACAGGACAGGCAAAUGUUAAUCAGGUUGUUCUCUUCUGCCAAGGAAAGAAGAGAAGCCAAGAUGAAGGCAUGGUGUAGGUUAAAUGUAGUAUAGGACAGUAUAACAGACAUAUUAGUCAGUUAUCAAAUUUGAGAAGUUGUGAAAGUCCUUUCCAGACAAAUUUUGAAUAACAAUGUCUUUAUUCCUUUGCAAAAAAAACUAACUUCACAUCUUAAAAAUCUAAAAAUUACAUCCACUACUUCUCCUUCAUAGAAAAAUCAAAAAUCGAUGAUGAAAGUACUCCUUGUACACAUACGUCUUAAACGCAUUUGAACUCAAUAAACUUUAGCAGAUGACUCUGAAAACAGCAUCAAUUCUAGCAUCAAACCUCUGCACAUAUAUUGUACUGCAAAAAGUAAUUUCCUACUAAUGUGCACUGCAGUUUUUUGCAGAUGUGUACUGACUGGAGGCUGCUAACAGUAACUGGAAUGCAGCCUCAAAUUAAGUCUCCUUUAUAGCAGUGUUUGCAAUUUGGAUUCAUUAACUUCAGGGCUAACAAAUCUUAAUUGCAUUGCUUACACUGAGUAAGUGCAAGUGUUCAGAUUAUUUUGUCUACCCCCCCUGCAUGUUUAAACUGACAGUUGGCCUUGCACGUACAUCUCUAUCAAGGCACAUCAGCAUGUGAUCUGUAUCAUCACAGCUGUGUUGUCUGAACUCUUCCCUACACGUGUCAAAUAAAAUAGAAGGGAUAUUAAUGCAAAUUUGAUGGCAUUCAUCAUUUGAAUAAGCCACGAGUGGGAAAAGAAUAUUUGUUUUUUAACUUAUCAUGUGACCAUGAGACCAUAUGAUGACACAUUCUACUGGCAACACACCUGUGAGUACCUGUUUUAAGUCUGAUAAGUGGGCAUCAGGUGCCAUGAGGAGAGUGUAUUUGCAUUUAAGGGAGACAAAUAUUUUUUUGUUUCCACAAAACAUUGUAUAUGUGUUUUGGAAGAUUGAGGGAAAUGUUAAAUACUCAGUACCAAACUCAUUAUGAUCUAAAAAGAAAGAAAUUGCAAAUUAAAGGCUCAAAAAUAAUAUUAACAACAUAUCUUUCCAUUUAAGCUAACAAUUGUGCAAGCAAUUGCAGCUAUCCAAUAUGUGGAUGUCUGAGCUUAAAAUGAAACUAUAAAUAUUUCAGUUCAAUGUUUUCUGUUUAGCAUGUUCACUUGCAAAUGGCUCCUGAAAUUAACAUUUAGCAUUUCUGCAUUCUUGAGUCAAUAUAAAAGUCAUAAGAGAACUCUCUCUCUCUUUCCUAUGAUGGUAGUUAUUCCAGGAAGUAAAGCUAUUUAAAAACCAUAGAUAUUUAAAAUUCCAAUGACAAAAAUUUACUCAUGUAUGUACUUUUUAUAUUUUACAAUACUUAGACUUUAUCUCUCAGUUGUGUAUGGUCACAUAUUCACAGAAAUGUUGAGUGCUUUUAAUUUCUGGUCUACAAUGUACAAAACUACACUUUAAAAUAUGGAUAUCUGAAGCUCUCUAGUGGACAACUAUGGAAGUGCACCAAGCUGUCAACUCUUGGAAUAUUUGAUCAUUUCAGAUAUAAAUGUAUUCUGUGUUGCCAUUGCACAAAUUGUUUUAUAACAUAACUUGUGGUGUUUUAUGAGUUAUAUCUAAC